AUGGAGGAAGUUCAGGCUUCCGUCACAAGGUGUUCACAGCACUUGUACAGUGGGGUUCUUGCGGAAGCCCAUCUCAGUUCGGUGUCUUUUCCUUUUUUUCCUUCUGCCUCUCUUUGGUCCCUUUUUAUAGACCCAGAGGAACUGACAGAGUGGGAUCAGUUAAGGCCUCACGUACUGUGUGGGUGGGAGUAA